GACAGGACUUGUAUAUUCACUGUGAAUGUAGGGGAGGGAUGUUUCACGUGAGUCCCAAAUCUUGCCUUCACCCCGCACGUCCGCCUUCCUUUACAACAAAGACUCCGUUAUUUAGCGAAUAUUUGUGACGUACCGUCCGCUGCGUGGGGUGACGGCGUGGUGAGGCGUGGGUGCGCGUGCGGCGGCUGAGUGGGCUGCAGAGCGGGCCCCCGUGCGGGACAGGUGGACCAUCCCAGCGAACUGCAGCCCACACCGGUGUGUGUGUCUCACUUCUUCACUGGAUCAACUUCGCGUCUCAGCCGAGGAGGGAAGAGGGAAGAGGGGACGGAGGACCGGGGAGCGCUCUGCUGAUCCUCAGGAAAUCACGCACGCACGCACGCUUUACAGAUGGAUAUUUUCGCGGCGAUCUUCCCGGUGCUGCUCGUGACGAAGCCAGUUUUAGGGUUUGGGGUCGAUCCCGAUUUACAGAUCGAUAUCAUCAAUGAACUGGACCUGGCCAACGCCACCUCGGGGAUGACCCAGGUGUCGGGGCUCCACAACGGCAGCAAAGCCUUCCUCCUGCGAGAUGUGGAGAGAAUAGUUCAUGCACCAGCACACAUCACACAGAAGGUGGUUCAGCUGUUCAGGAGUAAAAGUGAAUUUACGUUCCUGGCCUCCAUCCAGCAGAAAUCUUCGACUUCAGGAGUCAUAUUCUCCAUUCAUGAGUCUGAACACAGCUACUUUGAGCUGGAGAGCAGCGGUUUGCGCGAGGAGAUCCGCUACCGCUACAGCUACAGAGGCAAGCCUCGCUCCGAGUCCUUCCCCUACAGGCUAGCCGAUGGCCAGUGGCACAAGAUCGCCUUGUCUAUCAGCGCCUCUCACCUGCUGCUGCAUGUAGACUGUAACAGGAUCUACGAGCGUGUGAUAGACCCCCCGCAGAUGGAUCUGACCCCAGGCAGUGGAGUUUGGCUGGGGCAGCACAGUCAUAAACAUGGCCUGUUCAAGGGAACACUUCAAGAUGUGAAGUUUAUUUUUGCUCCAAAUGGAUACAUUACUCAAUGUCCAAACCUUAAUCGCACCUGUCCGACAUGUAGUGAUUUCUUGAGCCUGGUGCAAGGCAUUAUGGAUCUACAGGAGCUCUUAGCCAAAAUGACUGUAAAGUUAAAUUAUGCAGAGUCAAGACUGAACCAGCUGGAGAAUUGCCACUGUGAGAAGACCUGCAAGGCAAGCGGGUUGCUGCACCGGGACAAGGAGCAGUGGGCGGAGCCAGAUAAUUGCAGGAAUUGCGCCUGUAACAACGGUGUAGUGGAAUGUCAGUCGGUGUUCUGUCCCCUAGUCCACUGCUCUCCUGACUCUCUGCCUGUGCAUGUGGAGGACAAGUGCUGCAAGACUUGCAGACCCAAAUGCAACUUCAUGGAUAGAGUCUUCUCAGAGGGACAGCGCAUUUUGACAAAUUGCUGCCAGGAGUGCAAGAACGGACUAAUGGUGAACGUGACAGAGAGCUGUCCAGACCUCAACUGUACUGUGAGCGAGCAGAUUCUUCCAGAAAACAGAUGCUGCAAUGUCUGCAGAGGUUAUGACUUCUGUGCUGAGGGAUUUUAUUGUGGCGAAAACUCUGUAUGCAGAAGCCAGAAUACUAAAGCGGUCUGUGAGUGCAAGAGCGGCUAUGUGUUGGCCCAAGGAGACUCCACACACUGUGAAGACAUUGACGAGUGUUCCAGCCAGAUGCACUACUGCCAUGCAAACACCGUGUGCGUCAACCUUCCUGGCUCCCACCGCUGUGACUGCUUGCCUGGCUUCGUCAGAGUGGAUGAUUAUUCCUGUACAGAGCAAGAUGAAUGUGCCAGUGGUCAGCACUCCUGUGACAAGAAUGCCAUCUGCACCAACACCAUCCAGGGCCACACAUGCACCUGCAGACCUGGCUACGUGGGCAACGGCACCAUCUGCAGAGCAUUCUGUGAGGAGGGCUGCCGUAAUGGAGGAACCUGUGUGUCACCCAACACCUGCCUCUGUACCUCUGGCUUUACGGGACAGCACUGUGAGAAAGACAUUGACGAGUGUGCUGAAGGCCUGGUCCAAUGCCACAAUCACUCCCAUUGCGUCAACCUUCCUGGCUGGUACCACUGUGAGUGCAGAAGUGGCUUCCAAGACAACGGGUCAUAUCUGCUCAAUGGGGCAUCCUGCAUUGAUGUUGACGAGUGUGCCACACAGACCCACACCUGUUGGAAUGACACAGUGUGUCUGAACCUAGAAGGAGGCUUUGACUGCCUGUGCACUUCCAGCCCAGCCUGCACAGGGGACUGUCUACACCAAGGGGAACUCAAGCAGAAUGGCCAAGUGUGGACCCUUGAACAGGACCGCUGCUCCAUCUGCACCUGCAAGGAUGGGACAGUGACGUGCAGACGGACUGUGUGCGACUGCCAGAACCCCACCGUGGACCUACUGUGCUGUCCGGAGUGUGACAGCCGCCAGAGCAGUCAGUGCUUGCACCAGAGUGGCCACACAAUCUUCCACAGUGGGGACAAGUGGAUCUACAGCUGCCAGCAGUGCCGAUGUCUGGAGGGUGAGGUGGACUGCUGGCCACUGGCCUGCCCCUCUCUGUCCUGUGAGUACGCCACAGUAAUGGAGGGAGAGUGCUGUCCCCGCUGCGUUGCAGACCCCUGCCUGGCAGACAACAUCGUCUACGACAUUAGGAAAACGUGCCUGGACACCUUUGGCAUCACGCGCCUCAGUGGCUCAGUGUGGGCUGUACCAGGCUCACCCUGUACCACAUGCAAGUGCAAGAAUGGGAGCGUCUGCUGCUCGGUAGAGCUGGAAUGCCUCAUGAACAACUAGACACUGCUCCAGGGGAGCCCCUCCUAGUCAUGGCCUGGAGUGCUUCUCUGGUUUAAGUAUCCAGUGGUUUCGUUUAGCUUCACUUUCGUUCUUCUACACACCAGACUUAUAGCCAAAGUGUCAACACCUGGAACGUGACUGCAGCUUCACUUCCAAGUGAACUGGUUGUUCUGCAGGCUGCAGCUCCGGGAAGAUGCUGCAGAGGCCCUGAUGGACUGAGCACGUCCAUCACAAGAGGAGGCCAACCCGUGCCCCCACCACCACCUAUUCUAGUAUUACCUUUUUUUUUAAGAUUUAUUUUAACCUUUCUGGAAAUUUCCCAAGGAGCGGAAUCGAAGCGGAGCAAAGAGCACUCGGACUAUACCUGACAGUACUGGUGGUUCUGCAGUGAUACUUUCAACACUUUACAACUAUGUCAUUGUGAGAGCUCCGUUCUGUAUUGGUGUUGCACCGUGUUGGACCACAUGCACGCAAUAACGUUUCCAAAUGGUUAUUAGCCUAACACCGAGAGAAUACCCUUUUCAAUCUGUUUCGUUUCUUCAAAAACUCAGCAAUUAACCUGAUUUUAGAGUAAAGUAAGCACAUCCUUAAAAUUAGCACUUUGAUAUGUGCUGACAAAGUUUCUCACAAGUGCUUUGCUAAUUCAUGAUGCAAGACGUAUUUUAUGGAAAGACAAGGUUCCUUGAUUUUCAAAGUACAUCUGCAUAUUCCUGACUGAUUUUAAUGUGACGGUAAGGCUGUAGAAAAGUAUAAUUAAAGAUAUGGCAUGCAGAUUUACACUUUAUAUGCCAACAGUUCAUAAAGGGUCAGUCUUGUUUGUGUAUAAAGAGGCUUAUUAAAGGAGUGAGGAUUUGGCCUCUGGCCUCUGUAGAUUUGCUCAUCAAGAGAGUGUCCUUUAGUUCAUCAGUUCUAAGACUGAGAACCAAGGUGAACCAUUCCAGAAGUGUCAUGACAAAUGUGACAUCGGUGGUUCUGAACCGUAAACAAAUGGAUCACUCUAGAAAAGGAAAAACUUUUAUUAGCAAAAAAGUUUGUUAAACUACAUAGACUGAAUUUCUUUACUUGUUGUUUAUCACUUGACAUAUCGAAAUAUUUUUGUCACAGAAAUGCUAUUCAUUUAUUUAGCCAGUAUUUGAUGGCUACAAUAGGUGUGUGAUGUAUAGUCCAGGGAGGCAUAUAGUACUUCCAGAAAAAAAACAAGAAAAAAAAUCUUUCAAAACCAUGCAUUGCCACAAUUGUAACGUUUCCCAAUGAAUGUCAGAAAAAAAAAAGAAAAAACGUCUCUAGUUAAGCAUAUGAUGCACACCCAUUUGUCUAAAAAUGCACUGAGCAUUAUUACGUCCAGCCUUUAUAGUCUGUCCUGUGUCUUUCCAUGUAGCAUAAACCCUGUCCAUGUGCUGUCCAUUUUUGGCAUCUUAAUUACUAUGUCUGAAUAUGAAUGCCUCACUCUAAACUCAUGCUACUUAGAGUUCCUCAAUAUUGUAUAGCAGUAUUCAUGAAUGCAGUGUAGUUCCAGCCUCUGCGUGGCAUAUCAGCGCUUGGCAUAAGUUGCUUACAUAAACCAAUCUAUUCGACUGACAGAACAGAUUCAGGCCUCAGGCUUUUAGGGUCUAUCUAAUAAAAUUCUGUCAUUGGCAAACAUCUGUGGAAAUGUAAAUUGAAAUCAAAAUGGAUUUUUUUUUUUAAACAGACACCAUAUGGAAUGGCUUACUUAUUUCUCUGAAUUCCUGUGUAAAUGUCACUGUAACAUACUGAACUUUUGUUGUUUUUUUUUUUUUCCCCAGAUGUUGUGUAUCUGAAAUUAGUGGAUUUUUUUUGUUUUGCUUUGUUUUGUAUGUAAAUACUGUGUAAAGCUGAAGGCUACAUCAUGACACCGUGACAAGGAUUGUACCCUAAUGUCAUACAUUUGUCAGCCCUGAGCUACCUAACUGUGGGGAAAAGCAAAAUCUAUAUUUUAAAGAAAUGAUUGAUUUGUGUGUGUGUGUGUGUGUGUGUGUGUGUUACUGUCUAACACUCCUAGUACUGGAUAGCAUAUUAAUGUUGUCAUUUCUAAGGUCAAAGAGCAGGGAAAUUCAUCAGUUCUACUAGAAAAGAGAAAGGGUAAUGAUGAACGUUAGCCUUUACCCCUGUGCAAAAGUUGGAUUUCAGGAUUCCAUAAAGUAUGAUCAAACUGUAUGUAUUUAAUUUUUUUCAGUCGCAAAACUGUAUCUUGAACAAUAUGUACUACAAUGAAUAUGAAAGACACAACCUUUUACUAUAAUUUGAUGAAUUAUUUCUAUGUAAAGAAAUCUGAUGUUCUGAUACCUUCAGUCAGUGCAUGUCCUUAAUAAAAUGGCCCAGGACCAUGCAUUACUGUAACCGCCCCAAAAGUAAAUUCACCAGACCGUUCAAGUGUCAACUGACUUAAAG